GUAUGAUGAGAGGAAGCAGGGAGGGAACAACCUCCUACUUCUGCUUUUCACUCAACAAAAAUCAUAUCCUGGUUAAGCAAUAAGUCAAUUUGCUUCAGCUGGUUGAUUUUAAUGAUGGAAAGUUGGAUUCUGAUCAUCCUGGUUAUUAUCCCAGGUGUCUGGAGUGGAAACUGGGGCGUGACCUUUGAAGAUCAGUGUGCUCUGAAAGGGACAUCGAUAGUUAUGAAGUGCAGCUAUGACUACCCUUAUGGUCAUUUUGUCAAUAAUGUGGGCUGGUCUAAAGCCCAGUAUGUGUCUGGCCGAUUGAGGCUGUUUCUCCUCUCUAAACUCGCCUCACCCCGAGGCCACUUUAGAUACGUGGGCAACCACCGCAGAAACUGUGAUUUGGAGAUCAACAACGUACAACACAGUGAUGAAGGAAACUACUAUUUUAGUUUUGUGACAACAUUCAACAAAUGGACGAGUAAAACCUCUGCUUAUUUGUCCGUAAAAGAGUUAACCACCCUCGUACAGCCGAGCACUGUGACAGAGGGAGAUGACGUCAGCCUGACCUGUGUGUCAGGAUGUCCCUUACAUACAACCACUGUCUGGUUUAGAGAUGGAAGACCUGUGCAGAAACCAGUCUUCCAGGCCAGUAGAGAAGAUGCUGGGAAGUACUACUGUGCAGUCCUGGGACAAGAGAUGCUCAGAUCUGCCUCUGUUCCUCUGAAUGUUCAAUAUGCUCCAGAGAAAGUAACACUGUCGGUGAGUCCAUCAGGAAACGUCAUCAAAGGAAGUUCAGUGACUUUCACCUGCAGCAGUGACGCCAACCCACCUGUGGCAGGAAGUGGAUACAGCCUGUACAAGGACAGACAGUUUGUCAGUUCAGGACAGAACCACAUCAUCUUUGACAUCCAGUCCAGCCACAGUGGACUGUACCACUGUCAGGCCUGGAAUAAUAUCAGCCGGAGGGGCGUUGACUUGAUAAACUCUACUGAGAUCCACCUCGAUGUCCACUACCAUCCAAUGAACAUUUCAGUUUCAGUGGAUCCUCCACAUGUCACUGAGGGCAGCAGUGUGAAUCUGACCUGCAACAGCGCGGCUAACCCUGUGGCAGAAAACUACACCUGGUACAAGAGGACAGAUUCUCCCAGCUCCGGCUCCAUGCUGCAGGUGGGCUCAGGCCAGGUGCUGUCUCUUCCCUCUGUGGAGGCAUCCCACACUGGACUCUACCUCUGCCAGGCCAGGAACAGUGUGGGGGAAAACAACUCAACUGAGGUGCUGCUGACCAUGACAGGAAAGGAGCAUGGCAGCCAUUAUAUCCCAAUCUUGUCCGCUGUCGGAGUUGUUCUUUUUGUGCUUGUUCUUCUUUUGCUCUGGAAGAAACUGAGAACCCGUGCAGAGAAAAAACAGACUGUGUAUGACCCCGCUCUGAAUGGGGAAGGUUCCAGCUUUUCAGCCAGUGAAGAUCAGAUUGACCCAGUUUAUGCCAACGUCCACACAUUUCCACCCUCUGUUGCUGCUCAGGAUGUUGCUUCUCAUUCACAGAGGAACUCACACUGUGAAUAUGAUGAUCCCACUUCUUCUGAAGUUGAGGUCACCUAUACAGCAGUGACCAUCAAACCCAGAGACCCCGGUCCCCCUCAUCACAUUAACAACAACAGAGCUCCUCAGGAGUCCUGGUCCAAAGCAGGAGAGAGGGACGACUCAGUAAUUUAUGCUACUGUGGCUAAGUCCAGCUGAUCCAGGUCUGAAUACAAGUGCCUCAGAUUUAAAACAGCCCAACUUCAUGUGUUUGUUAAAGGGUUGAAAAUGUCCUUUUCCUUAAACUUUUUAUUUAUGAUGUAUUUAUUAUAUUACUGUGUUUUUGCAGGGAUUUGUGUUUUUCUUAUACUUUGCACAGUAAUACUGUGAGCCAGUGUAGGUAGUUCAUCUUACCUUGAAUAUGUUUGAUUUAAUAGAGAGACUUUAUUGUUUUUAUGGUGCCUAGGAUACUGUACAGGAAAUGUAUAAAGAGUAAAUGUGAUGUUAUCACACAAUGACUUUGGGCAAGUGGUUUUUAAUUAAGGCUUUACUUCAAUACAAUACUCAUACAAUUUACAUACAUACUUAUUUCUCUAGUACACUUCAUAAUUGCUAUAAAUGUAGAUACUGUACAUUCAGUUUAUUUCAAAGACAGAAAGGUGGUGUGUAGUCGGGGCCUUUAGGGUUAUGUUGUUUAAAUUACAUUACUUUCUGUUUAGUCAAGAGUUAAAGAUCAGUUCCAGUGAGGGUUUACAUUUAUUUUGAGGAAUGUUAUUAGUGCUCACAUCCCAUUCUUUAUUUAGGCCAAGUGCAGGACACAGAUUCAGUGAUAGCUACAGGUCCUCACAGGUACAGUAAAGUCUUUAUAAUAUGUUGUAAAAGUUAUAUUUCAUGAGAGCGUCAUUUAUGUUGUUAUUGCACUCUUGGCUCUCUCAGAUCUGUGGAUCAUUUAGACAUCUGUAACAUAACAUAAACAUCUACAUAAACAAGGUACUGACUAAUAUUUACAAAACAAAGCAAAAUACUGAUUUGAAUGUGAGCAUUAUCUUCACCAGUCCAUCUUAAACAUGAGAAUUUGAUUUAAAAAAAACAGAUUUUGAAUGAAUAAUUAUCGAUGAUAAAGUCAGGCUACUGCAUAUAAAAACACAUGGCAUGUAUGACACAAGUGAGUUAAAUCACAAAAUGAUGUGUGUAAUCUUUCAAAAUAAAGCUGAUUACUUAUGUGUUACAUACAUGUUA